AAACGACAUAUAAAUAAUACACGGAGACUUUAAAUAUUUAAAAGACAUUAAAAAAGACAUUUAAAAAUAUUCCGCAUCACAGUCAACAUAAAUACCAACUAUAAAUGAUACUCCACCAAACACAUCUGAGGCUAUUGGAAAGAAACGCCCUCUGGACUUCAAGCUGACUCCGCUCCGUGUUCCAGUGUCCGGGACCGAUCCGGUCCACGUUUUACCUCAGAUACGGUCUCCUCUGUAUGACGCAGGUGACUGCGUUUGAAAGAGGUGUCCGGGGCGGCCGUGGAGAUCAUGUGUUAAAAUGAGGAUAAGUCUCGCAGUGAAGAGCCUCGGGGCUCUGCCGUGUCUGUGGAGAGGACGGAGGUGUCUCUCGUCUCAGAGAGGCGCCAUGAACGUGUUUGACAGGAGCAUGAAGCGCAGGCAGAAGCAGUGGGCUUCAUCUUCACCGGACAGCCACACGUACGACUACCUCCGGGACGAGGUGGGGAGCAGACUCGCAGACAGAGUUUACGAUGUGUCAAGGACGUUCCCUCUGGCUCUGGAUGUAGGAUGUGGGAAGAGUCACAUCGCCGAGCAUUUGAGUAAGGACAUUGUUGAACGUCUCUUCGUAACGGACAUUUCAGACUCUUCCCUGGAAGAAAUGCGAGAUGCCUACUUUUUCGGUGCGUUUUUGGCAGACGAGGAGUUCCUGCCGUUUAAAGAGAACACGUUCGAUCUGGUGCUCAGCGGCAUGAGCCUGCACUGGAUCAACGACCUUCCCGGAGCUUUGAGACAGAUCCACCAGGUGUUGAAGCCGGACGGUGUGUUCAUCGGGGCGAUGGUCGGCGGAGAGACGCUGUACGAGCUGCGAUGUUCCCUGCAGUUGGCCGAGCUGGAGAGGGAGGGCGGCUUUGCUCCUCAUAUCUCGCCCUACACGGCCGUCACAGAUCUGGGCAACCUCCUGGGACAGGCCGGCUUCAGGAUGCUCACUGUGGACAUCGACGAGGUUCAGGUCCGUUACCCCGGUAUGCUGGAGGUCAUGAGCGACUUACAAGGUAUGGGGGAAAGCAACUGUGCGUGGAACAGGAAGACGCUUCUACACAGAGACACGAUCCUGGCGGCAGCUGCUGUUUAUAAAGAGAUGUACGGCAAUGAAGACGGUUCAGUUCCAGCUACAUUUCAGAUCCUCUACAUGAUCGGCUGGAAGCCUCACGAGUCUCAGGCGAAACCAGCAAAAAGGGGUUCGGCGAAUGUCUCGUUUGCCGAUCUGUCAAAAAUAAGCAAACUUCCGAUGGACCACCAGAAAACCAACGAAAAAUCCUAGGAAGGAAAAGACGUUUUCUCCUCAAAUCAACUCACACGAACGCGCAGAAUUGUUGCAUCAACUGUAUUUUUGCAAAAGCUUGUACUCCCAACAUAAAUAAACAGUGAUUUUAA